AUGGAGCACAAUAACCACUUGGAAUUCCAGCCGAGUCUAUUUGACUCACACUCGUGGCUUUUGUCUCAAUCUCAACAUUUACCUAUUGAUAAAUUGACUGAUGGUGCAGAGUCCCACAAUGAAACUACACUGGAUGUCAAUUUCCUAGAUGGAUUUAGCUGGCUUCAGUGUACAACUAAACAUGAGACAUGGGGUCCUAUUUCUCAUACAUACAAUGACUUAACUCCGUGUUUUACUGGCCUCUUGUUUAGCAUUGCAUCGUUGUUAAUGAUUGUUGUUGGAACAUACCAAGUUGUGCAUCUCAAAAAUAAGAAAAUCACUUCAGGAAAUAGAAUCACGUGGAGCUUCUAUUUCAAAUUAUCACUAGUUUUGAUCCAGUUGGCUAUUUUAGUUGGAUUGGUGUUUACGUUUACUGGCCCAGCAAAAGGAAUUAUUUUCACUUCCUUGGUAUUGAAUGUUGCAUCGACAAUUGUGGCUUUGGCUAUCCACUACAUAGAAGAGUUUAAAUCCACCAUCCCCAAUGGUGUUUUGCUCUUUUAUUGGUUAUUUGAGACCAUUUUCUUUUUAGGAAAAGACAUUAACUUGCACUUGAGAAGUCAAUUCAACCUGCACUAUUCAACAUUGCUCAUUUUGGGAACAGUCAACGCUUUCGCAAUUUUGUUGGUUGAAUCGUUGUUACCAAUGAAACCACUUGACCGUAUUAGUCAAUUGAGACAAUCGCCAUACGACAGAGCAAAUGUAUUUUCAAGAAUCACAUUUGACUGGAUUGGCGGGUUGAUGAAAAAAGGAUACCACCAAUUCCUCACUGAACAUGAUUUACCACCCUUACCAAAACUGUUAAAGGCAAACAAGACCACUACAGACUUUAAUCACUUUUGGAAUGAACAACCAGCAAGCGGCAAAUCCUUGUUUUGGGCAGUAAGCAAUGCAUUUGGAUUGGAGUUUUUGCUAGGUGGUGUGUUUAAAGGCGCCCAGGAUUGUCUUGCAUUUGUUCAACCACAAUUGUUGAGAUUAUUGAUAAAGUUUGUUAACGACUAUACGCAAUCGGUUAAACAUGGCGAACCAAUACCAUUGACCAAAGGUUUGUUAAUUGCUGUGGGAAUGUUUGUUGUUUCCAUUGUGCAAACUGCUUGCUUGCACCAAUAUUUCCAAAGAGCAUUUGAUUUAGGGAUGAAGAUUAGAAGUUCAUUAUCCUCUGCCGUUUAUGACAAAUCUCUUGUCUUGUCGAACGAGUCCAAACAAGAAAGUUCAACUGGUGACAUUGUUAACUUGAUGUCGGUUGAUGUGCAAAGAUUACAAGAUUUGGUACAGAAUUUGCAAAUUAUUUGGUCGGGACCUUUCCAAAUUAUCAUAUGUUUAUACUCCUUGCAUGGAUUGAUUGGAAACUCUAUGUGGGCAGGUGUAGCGAUUAUGAUUAUUAUGAUUCCUUUGAAUGCUGUAAUUGCAAGAACUCAAAGAAACUUGCAAAAGACUCAAAUGAAAUACAAGGAUAAGAGGUCCAGAUUAAUCAAUGAGAUUUUGAACAAUAUCAAGUCGCUCAAGUUGUACGCUUGGGAAACACCAUAUUUGAAUAGGUUAAACUAUGUCAGAAAUGAUUUGGAGUUGCUGAAUUUGAAAAAAAUGGGUGUCUUUAUGGCAGUUUCCAAUUUUACUUGGAACUUGGCACCAUUUUUGGUUAGUUGCUCAACUUUUGCCGUGUUUGUGUGGACACAAAAGAGAAGUUUGUCAACUGAUUUGGUUUUUCCAGCAUUAUCUCUUUUCAACCUUUUGUCAUUCCCACUUGCUGUUGUACCAAUGGUGAUUACAAAUAUUGUUGAAGCGCAAGUUGCAGUUGGUAGAUUGACAAAGUACUUGACCAGCUCCGAGUUGCAAAGUAAUGCGGUGAGCAAGCUACCACCAGCAAAGAACAUUGGUGAUGUAGCUGUUUCAAUCAAAAAUGGUACCUUUUUGUGGUCCAAAGCUCAAGGUGAACAAAAUUACAAAGUUGCAUUAUCAAGUAUUAACCUCAGCUCGAGAAAGGGACAAUUGGAUUGUAUUGUUGGUAAGGUUGGUUCUGGUAAAUCCUCUAUAAUUCAGGCCAUCCUUGGUGAUUUGUAUAAACUCGAUGGUGAAGUUGCAUUGCAUGGUAAAGUUGCUUAUGUAUCACAGGUGCCAUGGAUCAUGAAUGGAACUGUUAAGGACAAUAUUUUAUUCGGCCACAAGUACGACCCUGAAUUCUACCAAAAUGUGUUGAAAGCUUGUGCCUUGACUGUUGAUUUGGCAAUACUUCCUAAAGGCGAUAGAACCGAAGUUGGAGAAAAAGGUAUUUCUCUUUCUGGUGGUCAAAAGGCUAGGUUAUCACUAGCAAGAGCUGUUUAUGCACGUGCUGAUGUUUAUUUACUCGAUGAUCCGCUUAGUGCUGUUGAUGAACACGUUGGGAAACAUUUAACAGAUCACGUAUUGGGUCCCAACGGAUUGUUGCGUACAAAAUGUAAGAUCUUGGCUACAAACAAUAUUAGAGUUUUGAGUAUUGCCGAUAAUUUGCAAAUGGUGAGUGGUGGAAGAAUUAUUGAGCAAGGCACAUACGAUGAUAUAAUGGAGCAACCAAACUCCAAGUUGAAGCAGUUGAUUGAUGAGUUUGGUAAAAAGAAGGAGGAUACUCCUACAAGAACUCCUUCUAGAGCUGCAACUCCAACAGUUGGUGAAGCCAAGCGCGAGCAGGCUGUUGCUGGUACUCCAAUCAAUGAAGGUGAAGUUCCCAAGAAGGAUCAAUACGAAGUGCUAGAUGAUGAUAUCGACACACAAAAUCUCGACUCCGAUUGUGACUUUGAAGGAAUUAGUUUGAGACGUGCUUCUGAAGUGUCUUAUAUACCAGAAGAUGAGCGUGAUCCAGAACAGUAUCUUGCAGAACAAAGAGAAUUAGCUGAUGCUGAAGAUGCCGACACAAAGGCUAGAAAAGAACACAUUGAGCAAGGUAAAGUUAAAUGGGAUGUGUACUUGGAGUAUGCUAAAGCGUGUGGCCCAAUCAAUGUGAUGAUCUUUUUAGGGUGUGCCAUUCUUUCUUAUUUGGUCAAUGUUGCUUCGACAUUUUGGUUGGAACAUUGGUCAGAAAUUAAUACAAAAUAUGGAUAUAACCCAAACGUUGGGAAAUACUUGGGUAUCUACUUUUUGUUGGGUAUUGGUUAUUCUUCGUCGUCAUUGAUUCAAAACAUUACACUUUGGAUAUUGUGUACUAUACAGGGGUCUAAAAAGAUUCACAAUGAUAUGGCUGUGAGUGUGAUUCGUGCACCAAUGAGUUUCUUUGAAACAACACCUAUCGGUAGAGUGUUGAAUAGAUUUUCUAAUGACAUCUACAAGAUUGAUGAAGUAUUGGGCAGGGUUUUCAACAUGUUCUUUAGUAAUGCUAUCAAGGUUAGUUUGACGAUUGCGGUGAUUUGCUUUUCAACAUGGCAAUUUGUAUUUUUGAUCUUGCCAUUGGGUGUGUUGUACGUUUAUUACCAACAGUAUUAUCUUCGUACUUCAAGAGAGUUGAAGAGAUUGGAUUCGGUGACUAGAUCUCCUAUAUUUGCCAAUUUCCAAGAGUCACUUGUUGGUGUUUCGACAAUCAGGGCGUAUGGUAAAGAAGAGAGGUUUAGAGUUGUUAAUAGAGAAAGAGUUGAUCAAAACUUGAAAGCUUAUCAUCCAGCAAUCAAUUCAAACAGAUGGCUUGCUGUGAGGUUAGAGUUUCUUGGUUCUAUAAUCAUUCUUGGCUCUGCUGGUUUGUCCAUCUUGACAUUAUCUUCGGGUCACUUGACUGCAGGUAUGGUUGGUUUGUCAGUUUCGUAUGCUUUGCAAGUAACACAAUCACUCAACUGGAUUGUUCGUAUGACAGUUGAAGUUGAAACCAAUAUUGUUUCUGUUGAAAGAAGUCUUGAAUAUUCUCGUUUAAAGUCUGAAGCACCAGCAGUUAUUCCUGGGCAUGUACCACCUACAAACUGGCCUUCUGAAGGUGAAAUCAAAUUCAAUAAUUACUCGACAAAGUAUAGGCCUGAGCUUGAACUUGUUUUGAAGAACAUCAAUAUUGAUAUCAAGCCAAAGGAAAAGAUUGGUAUUGUUGGUAGAACUGGUGCUGGUAAAUCAUCAAUCACUUUGGCGCUUUUCCGUAUCAUUGAAGCAUUUCAAGGUGAUAUAAAUAUUGACCACAUUAAGACUAAUUCGAUAGGUCUCUUUGAUUUGCGUCACAAGCUUUCAAUUAUUCCGCAAGAUUCACAAGUGUUUGAAGGUACAAUUAGAUCGAAUUUGGAUCCUACUGAGGAGUAUUCAGAUGAGCAAAUAUGGAGAGCCUUGGAUCUUUCACACUUGAAAGAUCAUGUAUUGAAAAUGUUUGAAGAGACACGCGAGGAGAUUGAAAGUGAUAGUGCGCUUGAUGUUAAAGUCUCUGAGGGUGGUACCAACUUGUCUAUUGGCCAACGUCAACUCAUGUGUCUUGGAAGAGUUCUUCUCAAGCUUAACCAUUCAAAUGUACUUGUUUUGGAUGAAGCCACUGCAGCAGUUGAUGUUGAAACCGACAAGAUAUUGCAGCAAACAAUCAGAACAGAGUUUAAGGAUAAGACCAUCAUCACUAUUGCUCACAGAUUGAAUACCAUCUUGGACUCAGACAGGAUCUUGGUAUUGGAGAAGGGUGAAGUUGCAGAGUUUGACACUCCCGAGGUGUUGUUAAGUGACAAAAACUCGUUACUUUAUUCAUUGGCUAAACAAGGAGGUUUUAUUGAGGAAGAAGAGGGUUAA